AACGCAUCGAGUGCUCAGUGCUGACGGAUCUUGCAGCGGCAUCAGUAUUUCGGAUCAUCAUAAUUAAUCCACACAUAUAUAUACAGAGUGCAAACUCUUUACUUUGAUAGACAAGUGACGGACGGAAUAUGUCACGUUUUCUACAAUUGCGUGCAACGAUCGCGCCUGCGCUCACCAGACAGCGUCAUCAUGGUCAUGUGAUUGCCAUACGUCGCGAGGAUCAAUCCGUAUGGGAGCGUCGCGCUCCAUUCGGGCCCACCCAUGUCCAGAAGCUGGUCAAACAGGGCGUCAAAGUCAUUGUCCAGCCCUCCAAUCGACGCGCCUAUCCCAUGCAGGCCUAUAAUCAAGCUGGAGCUCAGAUCCAGGAGGACAUAAGCGAUGCUUCGGUUAUUUUCGGCGUUAAGCAGGUGCCAAUCGAUGCGCUUAUACCAGGGAAGACCUAUUGUUUCUUCUCGCAUACGAUCAAGGCGCAGGAGUCAAAUAUGCCUUUGCUCGAUGCCAUACUCGAAAAGAAAAUCCGUCUCAUUGACUAUGAGCGCAUCAUUGAUGAGCGCGGCGCCCGCCAGGUGGCGUUUGGUAAGUAUGCCGGUGUGGCAGGCAUGGUCAACAUCCUGCAUGGCAUUGGAUUGCGCCUGCUGGCGCUGGGCCAUCAUACACCAUUCAUGCACAUCGGACCCGCCCACAACUAUCGCAACUCCUCGAUGGCUCGCCAGGCGGUGCGUGACUGUGGGUACGAGAUUUCAUUGGGCAUGAUGCCCAAGUCAAUUGGACCAUUGACCUUUGUGUUCUCCGGCUCCGGCAACGUGUCUCAGGGCGCCCAAGAGGUGUUCUCCGACCUGCCCAUUGAGUAUGUGCCGCCAGAGAUGCUGCGCAAGGUAGCCGAGCAUGGCAAUACAAAUAAGCUGUACGGCUGUGAGGUGAGCCGCUCGGAUCAUUUGGAGCGUCGCGAAGGCGGCGGCUUUGAUGCCAAGGAGUACGACGAGUUUCCCGAACGCUAUAUUUCCACAUUUAGCCAAAAGAUCGCUGCAUACGCAUCGGUUAUUGUCAAUGGCAUCUACUGGGCCGUUGGCAGCCCGAAGUUGAUCAGUAUCCCGGAUGCCAAGAAUCUGCUGCGCCCGGCCAAUACACCUUGGCUACCCACGAGCAAAGGCAGCCCAGCCCUGCCGCAUCGCAUGCUCGCCAUUUGUGACAUCUCCGCCGAUCCCGGCGGAUCCAUUGAGUUCAUGAACGAGUGCACCACCAUCGACACGCCCUUCUGCCUAUACGAUGCGGAUCGCAAUAAGGACACCAAGAGCUUCAAGGGUCCCGGCGUGCUGGUCUGCUCCAUUGAUAAUAUGCCCACCCAGCUGCCACGCGAAUCAACGGACUUGUUUGGUGAGCUACUGAUGCCCCAUGUGCACGACAUCAUCAAGAGCGAUGCCAAGAAGCCGCUGCACGAGGAACGCUUCACCUAUCCCAUACAGUCGGCAAUCAUCGCCAGCAAUGGAGAACUGACCGAGGGCUUCCAGUACAUACGGGAGUUGCGCGAGUCGCAGAGCAAUCGUUCGCGCCACAAGAUGGAAGGCCGUUCCGAGUCCCAAAAGUCGGUGUUGGUGCUAGGCGCUGGCAUGGUCUCGGCUCCGCUGGUCGAGUGGCUGCACCGGGAGAAGGACGUGAGCAUCACGGUCUGCUCGCAGGUGAAGGAGGAGGCCGAUCGUCUGGCCCAGCAAUAUGCCGGCGUUGACAGCGUCUACUUGGAUGUGCACGAGAGCACCGGACAUCUGCAGGAGCUGUGCGGCAAGGCGGAUGUGGUGGUCUCUCUGCUGCCCUACUGUCUUCACGGCACGAUAGCGCGCUACUGCGUGGCGGAGAAGACGCACAUGGUGACCGCCAGCUAUCUGAACGACGAGAUCUCGGAGCUGCAUGAGGAGGCGCGCGCCAACGGGGUGACCAUCAUGAACGAGGUGGGCCUGGAUCCGGGCAUCGAUCAUCUGCUGGCGCUGGAGUGCAUCCAUGAGGUGCAGGAGAAGGGCGGCGUUGUCGAAUCCUUUGUCAGCUACUGUGGCGGCCUGCCCGCACCGGAGCACUCGAACAAUGCGCUCCGCUACAAGUUCUCCUGGUCGCCAAGGGGCGUGUUGCUCAACACGUUGUCCGCCGCGAAGUAUUUGAGCCAGGGACAGAUUGUGGAGAUCUCUGGUGGCGGCGAGUUAAUGUCCAAUCCGCGUAGCCUGGACUUUUUGCCCGGCUUUGCUCUGGAGGGUUUCCCCAAUCGGGACUCUACCAAAUAUGGCGCACUCUAUGGACUGGGCCGGGAUGUGCAUACCCUGCUGCGUGGCACCAUACGCUACAAGGGCUUCUCGGAGUCGAUCAAGCCAAUGCAGCUGCUCGGCCUCAUCGAUCCAGAGCCAAAUGCAUUGCUCCAUCCCAGCGGACCGGAUGUCACCUGGCGACAGCUAGUCACCCAUCUGCUGGGUCUGUCCGACACGAGCAUCUUCUACGAGAACCUCAAGCAGAAGCUAGUCGAACGUCUGGGCGACGUGGAUGGCAUUGAGAGUCUGGGCUUGCUGGACGAGACGCCAGUGGUUAAGCUGCACUCGCCGCUGGACACGCUUAGCCAUUAUCUGUCCAAGCGUUUGGCGUUCGAGCGUGACGAGCGUGAUUUGGUCAUUCUGCGUCACGAGGUGGGCAUCCGCUGGCCCGACGGUCGUCGCGAGGAGCGCGGCAUUAAUUUUGUGGUCUAUGGCCAGCCCCAAGGACACUCGGCCAUGGCCAUGACAGUGGGCAAGCCAGCAGCUAUUGCAGCCAAAAUGAUAUUGGAUGGUGAGAUUCAGGAACGCGGUGUUUUGCUGCCCUUCACGCCAGACAUCUAUCGUCCCAUGCUGCAGAGACUACGCUCCGAAGGUCUGACUGCCACAGAGACAUCCAGAUGGCUCAACUAGUAAUCCCUACAUACA